AUGGCUAAGCGUAACGCGAUCAUCUUUGGCGGUGUGAACACUUGCGCUCGUGCACUGGCUGCCUACCUGGUACCGUCCGAAGGGGAGUCUCUUGUGGAGAAUCUCCUGAUAGUCGACAAGUACUCGGUAUCACCGCCCACCACAUACCUCGGCGCGGAGUUCAAGGAGGUGUUGACGAAAUUCAAUGUGACGUAUCGACAGGCGAACUUGACCGUGGCCUCCGCUGUCACUGCAUCUUUCGAUCCUCCAGAAGGUCAGGAGCCGUACUCGUACGUGUUUGACCUGACAGGUGAAGUGCAAUGGGACCGCCCAGAAGCCAUUCAAAUCAACAACACGCUCCGGAUGGCACGGCACGUCGGGCUCGAGGCUGCGAAGCGCGGCGUGGCGGCGUAUGUGCGCAUCAUGCAUCCGUUCUACGAGUGCAAGGAAAAGGGCACGCACAGCGAGAAGGACGACCCCAAACCGGACGGCGUGGUAGGGACGUGGUGGCACGAAACGAUGCGGACGCUGGGAGCGAUCGAGGGGCUGAACCUCGUCAUACUGAGGAAAGCAUUGGUCUAUGGACCCUAUAUUGACUACGGACCGGUCAUGUCGUCGAUUUCUAUGGCGGCGGUGUACGGCUAUCUGAAACAGCCUGUCAAGGGCCUGUGGUCCCCGGGCAAGCACCCGAUGCACACAAUACACGCCGAUGACGCUGCGGCAGCCCUAUGGGCGUGUGCAGAAUGGAUGGCCAGCGUAGGCGGGCGCGCGAAGGCGGAUGAGCUCGCGGGCGAGGAGAUCCCGUUCCACAACGACAAGAGCAAGGUAGCGGAGGUCGAGGAGAUGGUUCCGCCGGAUCGCAAGAUUGUCGCGCCGCUCUUCAACGUGGAGGACGAUGGACAGCUGCCGAUGGUCGAGGUUGCAACGCGCGUCGCGAAGGCGUUCGGAACGUCGUUCGAGUUCUUCAAUUUCUUGGUGAACACGGUGGCGAAGUUCAAGCUGGAGGACGUGGUAGAGGACAUCAACGAGGCGCACGUCUCUGCAUGGACGACAAUGAUCACGGAGUCCAACCCGCCUGUGCCGAACACGCACUUCACCGCCUACACGGACAUCUACAACCUGAAGAAGCACGUCAUCGCAUUCAACGCGGACAAGCUGAAGCGCCUGACGGGCUGGAAGCCCAAGCACCCCCAGCUCACGGAGGUCGAGAUCCACGACCUCAUCGCGAAGCUCAAGGCGGAGGGCAGCUGGCCGAAGAACGACUCAUGA